AUGAAAGUCGACUCUUGGAUGAUGGCCGCGAGCUUCCUCGCCUCCACCACCUCCGCCCUCGGCCCCAACGUACCAGAAACCGAGAAGCGUCUGCCAGGCAAGCCGGCGCCGAUGCCGAACUGGAAGUGGCCCAACCCCUUCCAGUCCUCCCGCGCCGCCAAAUACGAAGCCACCUGCCAGGUCCAGCGCUCCUUCAAGGCCGAAGAAUUCAAGCUCGAUGACUUGGCCCAGAACCCACCCCUCGGCUUGCUCCCAUGGCGCGACGCCCUCAAGGAUGUCUUUGCCGAGCGCGAGUACCCUGGUGGAUGGGAUGGUAUUGACAACCACGGCUACGACCGCAACAUCCUCAAGAUGGAUUACGAGACUGUGCCCCUCAAGGUGAGGGAGUGGAUCGAGGAGCAGGAGCGCAAGGAGCUCCCCGGCCAGGGUCUCUUUGCCCUGUUUGCCAGACCCGCGCCAGGGACCAGAGUGUUCAAGCAGGUGCCCGUUCCAAAGGAGCCCACUCCUGAGUUCAGAGAGAAGGACGACAGGAGAGUCCUCAUCUUCGCCCCAGGGGCCAUCUAUGAGAAUCUCCCGCUCUGGCUGGGCGAGGACAGUGGGUGUGAUGACGAGAUGUUGGAUCUUGCCAAGUAUUCUGGUCAGGCCAAGGAUGGCGGUGUCAUCGGCUACCCCAUCUACCACAGCAAGCCCCAGAGGUCGAAGGGCGAGCGCGACAUCGAGUUUAGCCUCUUGGCUCAAGUUGUCAAGCUCAAGGAGGGCGAGACAGAGGAGGUAGCAGAGAGCUCCUCGCAGGCUGAAGCCGAGGCCAAGACAGAGGCUGAGAAGCCCGCUGUGACUGAGGUUGUCAAGGAGGCUGUCAAGGAGGCUACCGAGGCCGUCAAGGAGGCCACCGAGGCUGUCAAGGAUGAGCUCUAA